GGAGAGGGCAGAGUUUAGGGUCCGCAUAUUAUUAACAUGUUAUUAGCAGAGGUGUUUUAGAUAUCGAUCCGGUAUUUCGUGUUAGUUACAAACUCGCGCCUUCUUCCUACAGGUCAAUACAUUCCAAUUCUUCUUACGUGAAAACAAGUGAGAUAAAUCGGUUAAAAAUGCCCAAGAGGAAGUCUCCAGAGGGUGCGGAGGGGAACACAAAAGUUACAAAACAAGAACCUACCAGGCGAUCGGAGAGGUUGUCUUCAAAACCUGCCCCUCCCAAAGCUGAGCCAAAGCCCAAGAAACCUGUGGUUAAGAAGGCAGCAGAUGACAAAGCUGUGAAGGGGAAGAAGGGAGCGGCCAAGCCCAAGAAGGAGGAGAAGGACGUGGUGCCCGCCGAGAAUGGAGAGACCAAGGUGGAGGAGAUCUGUGUGUCUCGCUCGUCUGUGAGUGUGUCCUCUUGGAGAACCAUGACCCCCCGCCUGCUGACUGUCAGAGGGCAGAGUGAGACCGUGAGAGUAAAGGGAAACUGAGGCUGCUGAGGCAGAGGCUGACGAGAAGGAAUGAGUGAAGAUUCUGAACUUUUCCGUGGGUUUUCUUGGGGAAAGGAAAAAAAAAAUAAUAUUUUUUAUUGCGUAUUUUGUAAACCGCUUAUUUCUUCUUUUUUUUUAGACUUGUCGUAAUAGGUCACCCUCCUCCCUACGGUUUGUCUCCUACACUUGCCACGCAGGAUACGAGAUUGACUUUAAAAAAAAAAAAACUUGCUCUUUUUCCUUCAUGUUUUCAUCGGUAACCAGGGCAAACAUUGGCAUUGUUCCUCACAAGGACUUUGUCAUACCCUGUUAGCGUUACAUCAUAUCAAUGACUACACUUCCCAUGAUGCCAGAAGUCAGGCAGCCAACCAGAAGAGGAAAUAUAGCCUGGGAUUGGAGGAUGGUUAGUGCUUAGGAUAGCUGUGAUAACUUUUCUUUUUUUUUCCCCUUUCUUUUGUGUUUUUGUUGUGUUUUCUCAAAAGGGAGAACUGUGAGGAAGUGAGUUGAGAUGUAGUGGUGAGGUAGCGUGGGAGAGACCUGCAUUUGACUUUCUGUUGAUUUUGUGUUUUACUGUGUUCAUGUGUUGAGGGUGCUGGGGUUUGUUGUCCUUGUCUUUUUUUUUUUUUUUUAAAAGACUCUAGUGAUGUGUGACCCUUGACCCCUGGCAUAUCGCCAUAGCAAUAAAUGAGUGGUGGUUUGUGCUAGACGGUUAUGAGGUUGGCAGACGGUUACUUCAGAUGAUGUUUUUUUUUUUUUUUUUUUGUAAUCCCCACCUUCACGUUUUAUUUUGAAUACUCCUUGUGGAAAUAUUUUAAAAUAAAACAAAUAAAAUGAAAC